CCAGGGGCCUCCUGCAACUGGAGGGGUGAGCUCCUGGACGAUGGCCCAGGGGGCGGUGAUUCGAGUGGCCCUGGAGCAGCCCACCCAUGCCGUGUGUGUGCUGGGCACCAAGACUCAGCUCGAUGUCUUCAGUGGCUAGAACUUCCUGUACGAUAUUGACAAGAUGCACGAUGUGAUCUCUGCCCCUGAGGACUGCACAUCCUUCAGCAUCACUGCCUCCCCAGGGGUGGUCGUGUGUGUCACCCGCAGUCCUCCAGUCAAGAAAAGCCCCACAGGUUCCUCCAAAUGGCUCCUGGACCCUGAGCUGAAGGUGACCGUGAGCACAAAAGCUGCCAGUCAUAGCACAGGUGACCAGAAGGUUCAGAUUUCAUACUGCAGACCCAAGGGCCCACCGGUCCCAGCUCUCCUCUACCUCACCGGGGUUGAAAUCUCCCUGCACGCGGACAUCAGCCGCACUGGCAAGGUGAAGCCCACCGGCGCCUGGAAGGACCAGAGGACCUGGACCUGGGGCCCUCGCGGCCAAGGCGCCAUCCUGCUGGUGAACUGCGACAGAGACAAUCCCAAGUCUUCCACCCUGGACUGUGAGGAUGACGUGGUGCUUGACCACAAAGACCUGCAGGACAUGUCCCUGGUGACCUUAAGCACGCAGACCCCCAAGGACUUCUUUGCCAAGCACCAACUGGUGCUCCACGUGGCCAAGUCCGAGAUGGACAAAGUGAGGGUGUUUCACGCCAAACGGGACAAGUUGAUCUCCAAGUAUGAGGUGAUCCUGGGACCCCAGCAGCCGUCUUACCCCCUGGAUCUCCCAGAUGGCCAGUACAAGGCCGACUUUUACAUGGAGGGCCUGGCUUUCCCGGACGCCAGCUUCCCAGGGCUCAUUUCCCUCACCGUCUCCCUGCUGGACACAUCCAACCUGGAGCUGCCCGAGGUCCUGGUUUUCCAAAACAGCGUGGUCUUCCGAGUGGCCCCCUGGAUCAUGACCCCCAACACCCAGCCCCCACAAGAGGUGUAUGUAUGCAGGAUUUUUGACAAUGAUGAUUUCCUGAAGUCAGUGAGUGCUCUGGCCAAGAAAGCCAGGUGCAAGUUGAUCAUCUGCCCUGAGGAGGAGAAUAAGGAUGAUCAGUGGAUGCAGGAUGAAAUGGAGAUCGGCUACACCCAAGCCCCGCACAAAACGCUGCCGGUGGUCUUCGACUCCCCACGGAACAGGGGCCUGAAGGAGUUCCCCAUCCAACGCGUGCUGGGUCCAGAUUUUGGCUAUGUGACUCAAAGACCCCAAACAGGACUGAUCACUGGACUUGAUGGUUUUGGGAACCUGGAAGUGAGCCCCCCAGUCACCGUUGGGGAGAAGAAAUACCCACUGGGCAGGAUUCUCAUUGGGAACAGCAGUUAUCCCAGCCCUCAGAGCCGGGAGAUGCAUCGGGUCCUGCAGGACUUCCUUGGUGCCCAGCAGGUGCAGGCCCCUGUGAAGCUCUACUCCGACUGGCUGUAUGUGGGCCACGUGGACGAGUUCCUGAGCUUUGUUCCAGCGCCGGACAGGAAGGGGUUCCGGCUGCUCCUGCCCAGCCCCAGCUCCUGCUACAAACUGUUCCAAGAGCAGCAGCAGGAGGGCCACGGGGAGGCUGAGCUGUUUGAAGGCAUCAAACGAAAAAAGCAGCAGAAAAUAAAGGACAUUCUGUCGAACAAGAAGUUGCGAGAUCAUAACUCGUAUGUGGAGCGCUGCAUCGACUGGAACCGGGAGCUCCUGAAGCGGGAGCUGGGCCUGGAGGAGGGCGACAUCAUCGACCUGCCCCAGCUCUUCAAGCUCAUGGGAAACUCCAGAAAGAGCCUCAAGGCCGAGGCCCUUUUCCCAAACAUGGUGAACAUGCUGGUGCUGGGGAAACACCUGGGCAUCCCCAAGCCCUUCGGGCCCAUCAUCAAUGGCCGCUGCUGCCUGGAGGAGAAGGUGCGGUCCCUGCUGGAGCCUCUGGGCCUCCACUGCACCUUCAUCGAUGACUUCUGUGACUACCACAUUCUGCACGGGGAGGUGCAUUGUGGCACCAACGUGCGCCGGAAGCCCUUCUCCUUCAAGUGGUGGCACAUGGUGCCCUGAGCGCGCCCCUCCCAGCAUCCCCCCCACACACACACACACCCAACCUCCUGGCCAGAGGCUCCAGGACCCCUGCAGUGUGGCAGAGGUGGCCAACCCCCCAGUGGUGGCUUGCUUCCCUCCCCUGUGCCCCUGCCCCUGGCACCCACCCUCUGAAGAUCCCCAAGUGGUCCUGCAUUGCAAACUCAGUUCUGACUGCAAGAAGCUGCAAUAAAGUUUUUUUUAUUCACUUUG